ACAAUUGCAUUUCCGGUUUGCGUAUAACCGAUAAAUGUAAUAGCGUACACAAACUUGCCUCGCCCAAGAAUUUUAUUGGGUCCAUAAAAAAUAAUUAUCUAUGCUGAUUGGACUAUCAACAAAGACCUUAAAGAGAAAAAGAGCUAAUUUGCAGAGGCUGUUUUCUAUUUUGCUGCUCAUGUGAAUGAUGCCUGGUGUGUCACGUGGAGAGAUGAAUGGUGGAUACAGAGACUUUGAGCAUGGGCACCUUCGUAGUAGCUCAUAUGCCAAUGGAUAUAAUCCAUAUGGAAAGGAAAACUAUGGUGGUCCACAACGAAGAUAUAAUGGUGCAGAGGAUUUAGAGCACAACAGUUUUGAAAUGCGUGAAGGGAGAGACCCGACAUAUGAGGUGGAUCACCUGGCCACCUACACAAAUAAAUCAGGCAUAACAAACCCGGAGGAUGGUCUCACAAAGCUCAAGCAGAUGGAGAGUACGACGGGGAUCUGGACGAUGCGAUGUUCACUGAUCAUUGAACGCUUUCACAUUGUGAUCAUUGACAAGGGAAAUGGAGAUGAAUUGGAGCGGUUCCCCAUGGCAAAUGUGUACGAGCCGACGGCAGUGCUGAAAAAUGACAACAAGGAAACCUACAACAAUCUGCUCCUGUUCACUAUCCUUGAUGAUCCUCGACGCAAGAACAGUUCCUCAGAUAUGCAUAUAUUCCAGAGCAUCAACGCACCAGCACACAACAUUGUAGACGAGAUCCUCAGAGCAAAGGGGGACAGUGCCGGUAGACGAGAGCCAGAAGCCUUCAUACCACCGCCGCCAAGAGUGCCUGCACCAGAGCCUCCAUAUAUCGGUAACAGUGCACACAACUCUAGCUUUGGUGAGCCUUCCGGUCCUUAUCCCGGGCCGGAGGUUCUUCCGAUAGAGGCUAGCCUAAAACAAACCCGUAUAGGUGACAACAGUUUCAGUGAAUCACGCAGAUUCAACGAUGCAAGUCGUAGCACGGGGGCGUACCUUGGUGGAGGUGGGGUGUUGUCGCAGACCAGGGCUGGGUAUGCGUACAGAGACGACAUGGACAGUGGCCAGAACGAGGUGCUCGAAAGAGACGUGCAAUUACUGAACAACUGUUUUGACGACAUAGAGAAGUUUGUGUCCCGCCUGCAGCAAGCGGCUGAGGCUUACAAGGAACUGGAGCGAAGACGUAAUGAGAGAGGUGGGGGCAAGAAGAAGAAAGCCAUUAGCGGAGAUGGCAUGCUAACGAUGAGAGCCAGGCCUCCGCCAGCAGACGACUUUGUAGACAUCUUCCAGAAAUUCAAGUUUGCCUUCAAUUUGCUGGCUAAACUGAAGGCCCACAUUCACGACCCAAACGCUCCCGAGCUUGUGCACUUCCUGUUUACCCCUCUGAGCCUCAUCUACGAGGCAAGUCGUGACCCGAUUCAUGGAGGUCGUGACCUCGGUGUGGAGGCUGUGGCACCGUUACUUCUACCAGAGGCAAAACAACUCCUCACCAAUUGCUUGACGUCUAAGGAGCUUGAACUGUGGACCAGACUUGGCAGGCCCUGGACACUGGUCAAAAAUGAAUGGAAUGGACCAGUCCCCAACUAUAAUCCUCGAUUUUACAACGGCUGGAUGCCGUCGCCACAGCUUGUUGACGAGGUGAACGCUCCUGGUGGAGGCUUCAGGGAAGACCAGAUCCUCAGAACAAGCGAGCGAGUACCAUACCUUGAUGCCAGACGUGAUGAUCCACGUAGAGAUGACCCACGCAGAGAUGACCCAUACCGGGAUACCCGCAGGGACGACCCAUAUAGCAGAAGAGAAGAGCCCUUAAGAGACACCCGUAGAGAGGACCCGUAUAGGAGGGAGGACCCAUACAGAGAUACACGCAGGGACGACCCAUACAGAGAUACACGCAGGGACGACCCAUAUCGUGACACGCGUAGGGAAGAACCUUACCGUGAAUCUGCAAGGGAUGACCCAUACAGCAGGGACAUUCGCAGGGAGGACCCGUAUAGAGACACAAGAGAGCCUGCAGCAUAUUCCAAGUCCAUUCCAAGGCGUGAUGAACAGGAACAUGACAAUUACCCAACACCCACACCUGCUCCCUACAGAGUCGAGGAAUCGAAAGAUUUCUAUUCCACAUUUUGGGAGAAACGAACACCGCGGGAUGUCGCGCCACCAGCACCAAAAACUCGUGCAGAACUGAACCUUGCCUUUGCGCAGGAUCUUAAGCGCAUGGGAGCUACGAUAUACGAGGCAGGCCAUGAGAGGCAGGGCAAGAAUCCCAAGGAGUUGACAGUGGAAAAGGGAGACAUUCUGCAGGUAUUAGACAAGUCCCGUAACUGGUGGAAGUUGAAGAACUUCAAUGGAGAAAGCGGCUACGCACCAUAUACCAUUCUCAAGGAGUUCCAGGGAGGUGAUGCAUAUGACCAUAAUUCAAGUGACAAACGUAGACUGAGUGGUGAUUACAACAGCGGGUUUAUAAAUGGAGGAGGACCUCCCCCUGCCCCACCAAUUAUGGGCGGUCUAGGCAGAUCAACCAAUCGCAAUGAAGAGCCUGGUAGUCGACAGAGACGCCCCUCUGAUAACCAACUGGCCCGCCCACUGACUCCACCCCCUGGUGACCAGCGCAACACGAGGAUGGGCCCGCAGGGUAAGGCAGACAGAAACAAGUACACGCCAGAGUUGCAGAACGAGCUCCGUAGCAAGAUCAGCCUGUCCAAUGACAGCAGGUCAGGAGGUGGCAGCUCCCCCAGGGACCCACCCCCUAGAGAGCAGCCUCCCCGAAGCCCCACCAUGGGUUUCAGGGCUCCCCACAACCCGCCAGAGCCCAGGUCCCGCAGCCCGGUUCCCACUCCUGUGUCCCCUAGGAACAUCUUGUCUAUAUCACAGUACACAACCUCUGAUGAAGUGAGGGACUGGAUGCAGCAGAAAGGCUUUGCAAAAAGGACCAUUGACAACCUGCGUGGCUACAGUGGUCUUGACCUGUUCAACACAGACCGGUCCGAGCUGGAGAGACUUGUGGGGCAGAAAGAAGGAUCCCGCCUUGAUAGUCUGCUGGAACUGCAGAAACUGAACGCUGGGUACCGUACGCGAGGAAGAGUUGAGCUGCAGCAGAUCUUAAAGCGGCGUAUGGAGCAGACGGACACGUUAGGGGAGGCAGACUUUGGUACUCGGCCUAGCUUCAUGCCUGAGACCCCUCCUGACUACUCCCCAGCUGAGUACAGAUGGUGAGUUUUCAAUGAUGGCUUGUGUUUAACUUAUUGUUAUCCUAUGCUGCAGGAUUUUAAUAUGCAGAUUUAAUGGAACAUAGUUAAACAUUAUUUAAUUACGAAAUGUUUUAGAGUUUAAACUGAACUAUCGCACACUAGACUGAAAAAAGUAACAAGUCUUGAUAUCAAUCCCUCAUACAUCGAGAAACCUAAAUUGUCUGGUCCAUAACUGAUUAUUUAUCAACUAAAGUUAAAAUGGCCAGUUGUGAAUGCCACUUCUGAUUAAUAACUACAUGGUAUUAUGAAAAAGGUGGAGGGAUAUAGAAUUGAUGUCCGUCCGUCUGUUAGUGUGUCCCUCUGUGACAACAAAUAUUUUAGGGCUUUAUUUCAGAAACUAUAAAAGAUAUCAACAUUAAACUUCAGGUGUAUAUAUAUCAAUGAGGAGAAGUGUCAUGCACAAGAACCAUAACCAUACACUGUUAAUUAAGAGUGAUUUGUUUUUUAUCCCCCGCCAUAGGCAGAGGGAUAUUGUUUUGGCAUUGUCCGUCCUUCCGUUCGUCCGGCACUUUUGUGUCCGGAGCCAUAUCUUGGAAGUGCUUUGGCAGAUUUCAUUGAAACUUGGUAUGAGUAUAUAUAUGGAUAAGAUGAUGAUGCAUGCCAAAUGGCAUUGUACACCAGCUGUUAAUAACGGAGUUAUGGCCAUUUGUAUUUUGAAAAAAUGCUUUUUUGUGUCCGGAGCCAUAUCUUGAAAGUGCUUUGGCGGAUUUCGUUGAAACUUGGUAUGAGUGUAUAUAUGGAUAAGAGGAGGAUGCACGCCAAAUGGCAUUGUACACCUUUGGAUAAUAAUGGAGUUAUGGCCCUUUGUAUCUUGAAAAUAUGCUUUUUUGUUUGUCCGGAGCCAUAUGUUGGAAGUGCUUUGACAGAUUUCAUUGAAAACUUGGUAUGAGUAUAUAAAUGGAUAAGAGGAUGAUGUCGGCGUUGUCCAUCCGUCCAGAAAUAUUUGUGUUCAGAAGUAUUUUGGCGGGGGAUUAAUUCUACAAAUUUGCUUGUUUAUUUGAUUUACUUUUCAGGGCUAUAUCUCAGAUACCAUGCAAGACUUCAACAUGAAAACUUCAUGGGUGUAUUGAUAUUAAUGAUAAGAAGUGCGCUGCUUAAGAACCAUCACUCUUCACUUUCUUAAAUAAGAGUUAUUGCCCUUUUUAUGCCACCGGAUCGAAUGAUGGGGGUAAAUUGUUUUUGGCCUGUCUGUCAUUGUAUGUGUGUGUGUUUGUGUGUCUAUGUCAAAACUUUAACCUUUGUCAUAACUUUUUAUGCCCCCGGUUGAGUGGCAUAUAGCAGUUGAACUGUCUGUCCGUCCGUCCGUCCGUCCGUCCGUCCGUCAGUCAGUCAGUCAGUCAGUCAGUCAGUCUGUCCGUCCUUCCGAAAACUUUAACGUUGGCCAUAACUUUUGCAAUAUUUAAGAUAGCAACUUGAUAUUUGGCAUGCAUGUGUAUCCCAUGAAGCUGCUCAUUUUGAGUGGUGGAAGUUCAAGGUCAAGGUCAUCCUUCAAGGUCAAAAGUAAAAAACAAAAUCAAGGGAAGUAAUAAGCUUUAAAAGGGAGAUAAUUUCUAAACCUUCCAAAUGAUAUAUUGAAACUUAUAUAUAAUAAUAUGAAACCAUACAACUGAAGCAUAAUCAAAAUGACAUUUUAUGAGGCCAAGCACACAAUGAUACUUUUGGGCUCUUAGGCACCUUAAGGUUACCUGUGAAUCUACAGUCACAGUAGUGGCUUAUAGUUAUUUGCUACUAAAAAUAGAGAUUUGUUAGAGACACUUAUUUUCAAGGGAAGUAAUUUAAAUAAUUAUAAAUCUCAGAUUAUAUAUUUCCUCACCAAGAAUUUAAGUUCUUUUCACACUUACUGAACAGAAUUUGUAUUUUGUUUAUUUAUAACUUAAAUGAUUGAUUUGUCAAAGUUUUUUUUUAUUGAUAUAAUUAUCAUUUCUUUCCUGUACUGAGUUGUGAAUGGUAGGUUUCAUUAUUUACCUGUGGACUUAUUCCCAUAUAAACAUGAUGAACUGUGGCUAUGAUCUCUUUGAUAUACCACCCCACCCCCUCAGUAGGGUGGCAUAUAGCAGUUGAACUGUCAGUCCGUCUGUCUGUCAGUCUGUGUGUCUGUCCGAAAACUUUAACAUUAGCCAUAACUUUUGCAAUAUUGAAGAUAUUUGGCAUGCAUAUGUUUCUCAUGAAGCUGCACAUUUUCGGUGGUGAAAGGUCAAGGUCAUCCUUCAAUGUCAAAGGUCAAAAAAAAAUAAUCCAAGGGAAGUAAUAAGCUUUAAAAGGAGAUGAUUUCUAUACCUGCCAAAUGAUAAAUAUAAAUUUUAUUUCAAAGCGGCGCAGUAGGGGGCAUUGUGUUUCUGACGAACACAUCUCUUGUUCAAUAUUAAAGAUAGCAACUUGAUAUUUGGCAUGCAUGUGUGUAUCUCAUGGAGCUGCACAUUUUGAGUGGUGAAAAAACAAGGUCAUCCUUCAAGGUCAAAGGUAAAAAAAAUCAAAGUGACGCAUUAGGGGGCAUUGUGUUUUUGACAAAUACAUCUCUUGUUUGUUUUUGUAUGAUGAAACUUUUUAGGGCUAUAAUUCAGAUACAAUACAAUAUUUCAAUAUGAAACUUCAUGGGUGUAUAGAAAUCAAUGGGAAGAAUUUCAAUGCAUAACAAGGGCUGUUUGUAAAACAUGCAUGCCCCCCAUAUGGGCUGUCCGUUGUAGUGGCAGCCAUUGUGUGAAUACGAUUUUUGUCACUGUGACCUUGACCUUUGACCUAGUGACCUGAAAAUCAAUAGGGGUCAUCUGCGAGUCACGAUCAAUGUACCUAUGAAGUGUCAUGAUCCUAGGCAAAAGCCUUCUUGAGUUAUCAUCCGAAAAUCAUUUUACUAUUUUGGGUCACCGUGACCUUGACCUUUGACCUUGUGACCUCAAAAUCAAUAGGGGUCAUCUGCGAGUCAUGAUCAAUCUACCUAUGAAGUUUCAUGAUCCUAGGCGUAUGCGUUCUUGAGUUAUCAUCCGAAAACCAUUUUACUAUUUCGGGUCACCGUGACCUUUGACCUAGUGACCUCAAAAUCAAUAGGGGUCAUCUGUGAGUCAUGAUCAGUCGUCGAAAUUCGCACUAGUCCGACAGCAAAAAACUAGUAUUUUUUCUUUCGGGCUUGUAGGAAAUCCAAUAUUACAAGCCCGACGUGCUUGUACAAUUCAUUUAACAGAAAACGAGUUCCACUUUCAUUUUCAAUAUUUGUAAACAAUGUUUUGAGUCGCUUAAAUCAACAGCCGCUUAUGUUUUAACACAUUGCGAACACGUGCUGGGCAAUCAGCCAAUAAUUGGAUUACUGCGCAUAAAGCGCAUGGUUUUGAGGUUCCCGGAUUACUAUUAUGUAAAAUAAAUGUUUUGCAAUGCGUUCGGGACACAGAGAGUAAUAUCCGAACAGUUGUCAUUCAAGUACGUCGUUGAGGAAUGCAAAUCUGAGCCAGGUAACUGUGAUUGACGCAUUUGUCAACUGGUUUUUUGUAGAAUAACCUGGCACUUAAUUGCUUAUAUAUUUUCUGGUGGUUCAGGUAUGCUCUCUCUUUCACAUGGAUAUAUGGGAUACAUUUCUGCUAUUUUUUUACCUAAACUUUAUGUAUAUAUUUAUAAUUGUGAUUUGAUUGAAAUCUGUGUGUGAAAUUAAUUUCUUCUUAUUUAAGGAUCCGAAAGAGGCUGGCUCAGAUGAUUAGGAAGCUAACUUGUAUGAGGAUGAAAUUAAUAAGAGAUUUGUAUUGUAUUCUAAAGAUUGAAUAAAUGAAUGCUUCUUUGGAUGUUUUAUGUUAUGUUUAUCUGCAUUUUUAACAAAAAUGUUUGGGCUGGUAAAAUCUGACUCGGGCUUGUUCAAAUUUCCAUAGUACUAGCCCGACUUGCUUGUAGAUUUAAAUCUGAAUUUCAAUGACUGCAUGAUCAAUCUACCCAUAAAGUUUCAUGAUCCUAGGCGUAUGCGUUCUUGAGUUAUCAUCCGGAAACCAUUUUACUAUUUUGGGUCACCGUGACCUUGACCUUUGACCUAGUGACCUCAAAAUUAAUAGCGGUCAUCUGCAAGUCAUGAUCAAUCUACCCAUGAAGUUUCAUGAUCCUAGGCGUAUGCGUUCUUGAGUUAUCAUCCGGAAACCAUUUUACUAUUUCGGUUCACCAUCACCUUGACCUUUGACCUAGUGACCUCAAAAUCAAUAGGGGUCAUCUGCGAGUCAUGAUCAAUCUACCCAUGAAGUUUCAUGGUCCUAGGCGUAUGCGUUCUUGAGUUAUCAUCCGGAAACCAUUUUACUAUUUCGAGUCACCGUGACUUUGACCUAGUGACCUCAAAAUCAAUAGGGGUCAUCUGCAAGUCAUGAUCAAUGUACCUAUGAAGUUUCAUGAUCCUAGGCCCAAGCGUUCUUGAGUUAUCGUCUGACAACCACCUGGUGGACGGACCGACCGACAGACCGACAUGAGCAAAGCAAUAUACCCCCUCUUCUUCGAAGGGGGGCAUAAAAACAAUAACCCUACUAUGAAUUACUUUUUAUGAUAUACUGUUUAUCAAGGGAUUUGCUCCCAUCCAUAAUCACAAUUUAUUUGGCAGGGGAUAUCAAUUUGAUUAUUUUUUUAUUAUUUUUACUGUUGACAGCCUCAGAUGAUGACCUUGGGAAUGCUGGGAAGACACUGAGGCACCUGCUGGAACGUCAGCGUAGAAAACUGCACCAGGUCAACAGGGGGCCCUACGAGUGAUAAACAAAUUGUGGAAGAGUGAGUGACCGGAAGCUUGCUUGUGUUACAGACUGUUAAUUUGGACAAAUGAUUUACAGAAUGUAGCUGGUUGGUUUAGCUCAGUGAAUAAAUUGAGUUAUACAUGUACUUCUUUACCUUGCAGAAAAUCCAUUGUUAUACAUGUCUUCCCCUCGGGAAAUGCGGUUCCAAUAUAAGCUUAUUGUAUUUGUACUUUUCUUAUACUAUGUAUGCAUAUUAUUCAUAAAGCAGUGCUUACAUUUUCUGUGAAUUAUAUUGCAUAUUAUAUUAGUGCCAUAAUUGUGUUGUCUUUAAAUUUGUAUUAAUAAUUUGUCAUUCUGUAUUUUUCAUAGAAAAAGAUCAAUGUAAUCAUGUUUUUGUAUCCUCUUUAUUGCCUUUAUAUUUAAAAAAAAUAUGUGAAACAAUCAUAGAAAAAAAUCAGUGAUCACAUAAUUUUGAAAAUCAAAAAUAUAUCAUUAAACUUGUAUAUGAUGUAUAUCAAUAUUCGUGUGCAAUGUGCAAUGUAUGUCAUGAUAAAAACAUAAUAAAUACUGGGCUAGUUCUUGAUUACACACCAGUAAGUGUAUUUUGGUUGUAUAGUUAUAUUGUAUUAUCUGCCACAGUGUUUAGCUGUAGCAACAUAUCAAGUGCAGUGUUCAUCUUUGUAUAUUUUGAGUAUUUAUGUGGUUUAAUGAUUGUAUUACAUAAUUUUCAAUUGAUUACAAUGUGUCAUUUUAAGUCAUACAGUAUAUUGUUUAUAUAUGAAUGUAAGCAGUAAGCCACACUUUUAUAUCAAGUCAGAGUUCAGAGCUUAGUUGUAAGUAUGUUAGAGAUUUUGCACAUUGUGAGCUAUUCAAUACUGAUUUUUUUUUUAUGCCCCCAAAGGAGGGCAUAUAUUGAUCGGACUGUCCUUCUGUCUGUCCGUCUGUCCUUCCGUCACACUUUGCGUUUAGCAUUCGAAAAAUGCUCAUAACUUCUAUGUCGCUUCACAAAGCAACUUGAUAUAUGGCAUGCAUGUGUAUCUCAUGGAGCUGCACAUUUUGAGUGGUGAAAAGUCAAGGUCAUCCUUCAGGUUAAAUAUAUGGCUUCAAAGCAGCGCAGAAGGGGGCAUUGUGUUUCUGACAAACAUAUCUCUUGUUGCAAAUGAAUAUUGUGAAACAUACUUUUAAAAUUUGCCUAUCUUCAUAUUUUAUGAUUUGUAGUUUGAAUGAAUAUGCAUACAAUUUGCAGUGCUGUUGUAUUGUAAUCUAGCAAUAAUCAUUAGUAUAUUUAUGUACUCUGGUAUAAAAAUAAUAAAUGACAUACAUAGUUA